CUGUCUACUCUAGGUUGUACAGCGCGCACAAGCUAUCUAGCAGCUGAAAGAGAUAGACGUCCAUUUCGUAGUGGUCAUCAUUUCAAGAGCCAACGAUUCCCUUUUUUUUUGUUCGCGCACCCUACAAGUGAUUUUGUUUUUUUGAACCCCUUCAUGUGGGGUUGUACCGUUUUUGUUUAACCGAAAGUGUUGACAUCGCUAACAAAUGUUGACCGAAUCGACACCUGCAGUUGACGAAGACAUACUUCGUCAACCAGCUCCGGAAUGUGAAGCGGCCGUUUAUGUCCGCAAUGCUUGCAAAAGCUUUGGCGUCGGAAAGCGUCGUGCAACUGUAUUACGAAACCUGGAGAUGACAGUUAAGAAAGGAACCAUAUAUGGAUUAUUGGGAGCCAGCGGUUGCGGCAAAACAACCCUGCUGAGCUGCAUCGUCGGCCGACGCAGUUUAGACAGCGGAGAAGUGUUGGUCCUUGGUGGCGAGCCAGGCUCACCGGAGAGUGGGAUCCCCGGUCCACGGGUCGGAUACAUGCCGCAAGAACUUGCCUUGUACGGCGAGUUUACCAUCAAGGAGACGCUCGAGUACUUUGGACGUAUUUACAAUCUGCCGUCUGCUUUCGUCAAGUCUCAAAUGGAGUUCCUCUUUAAAUUGCUGGAUUUACCACCGGGUCACCGGUUCGUCAAGACGCUGAGCGGUGGCCAACAACGGCGAGUUUCCUUUGCCGUCGCCCUCUUCCACGAGCCAGAGCUGCUCAUCUUGGACGAACCGACAGUUGGUGUCGAUCCUAUGUUGAGAAAAAGCAUAUGGAACCAUUUGGUACGACUGAGUACAGACCAUGGAAGAACGGUCAUCAUCACGACCCACUACAUCGAAGAAGCCCGACAGGCUGAUACGAUUGGCUUGAUGAGAUCGGGUCAUUUGCUCGCUGAGGAAUCACCGCAGAAUCUGCUUGCGACACACGGACUCCGUACGUUAGAAGAAGUUUUUCUCAAAUUAAGCAGAACGGAGAGAGCUAAGAAACAUGGUGCCUUAACGGCCUCUGGCCGUGCUGUUCGCUCUGCUGAUUCAACACAACAACAAGAUCAUGGACAUGACAAUCCAGCCUUUCUUUGUACCGCUGAUAAUCCAGAUGCUACAAGCGCUGUCGCUUCAAGCAACAGAACCAACACCCCUACUACAAUUUACGAACAGUAUUGGAAGGGUUCCAAAUCUGUCAUCCCACGAGCCGAUGAGCACGGCAUCGUUGGUUUAACAUUCAGCCCAUCCCGUCAAAACCUCGAAGAAAGAAUUAGCGAUACUCGAACAGUUCAGCGACGCGUCGGUUCAAAUGUGAAUAGGCCAAACGCAGAUUGUGGAGCGGCACCAUUUGAUUCACAAGAAGUCGUCUGUGAACCCAGUGAAUUGAAAACUGGAAACAGUUCGACAUCCAGUUGCAGUAGCUCGAACCUCAGUUGCGAUACGGCAGUGGCUACUAGUCGGCCGGCGAAGAAACGCGGAAGUCGCACUUUCUCCUUAUCAAUGCCUUCACCUCAUCGUACCGCAGCUCUCAUUCGCAAAAAUUUCUUAAUUACCAUAAGAAAUAUAGGAAUGUUUGCCUUUGUUUUCCUCAUGCCCGGACUUCAAUCGACGUUAUUUUGUUUGGCCAUCGGCCGAGAUCCAACUUCUCUCAAGUUGGCAGUUGUAAAUGAAGAGCUGAACCCAAGUUUAGGCCGCGUCUGCAAUUACACUACGGACUGCACAUAUUCCAUGUUUAGCUGUCGGUAUCUAAGAUACUUAGAUAAUUCAACAAUUGUACAGAUCCCUUAUCAAAGUUUAUCCGAUGCGCUGGAUGCAACGUUACAAGGAACAGUUUGGGGAGUCAUUCAUUUUGGUCGAAAUUUCACAGAGGAACUGCUGGAGCGUCAAGUUGAUGGCAAUGCUGUUGACAAAGAAACAAUAGAGGCUAGCCGAAUAGGCAUAACUCUCGAUUGGUCAAACGAACAAAUCGCCUUGACACUUCAACAUCGCCUCGUCGGUGGUUUCAAUGAAUUCAACAGGAAUCUAGUGACAUCCUGCGAUUACCAACCGGUGAUUCCCAGCAUUCCUGUCGAGUUUAUGGAUCCUGUUUACGGCAAAAAGAAUCCUUCUUUUACAGACUUCAUGGCUCCAGGCAUUAUUCUAACAAUUGCUUACACCCAAGCCGUGUCCUUAACUGCUGCUGUUUUCAUUAACGAACGGAAACAAGGUCUUUUAGAUCGCAGUUUAGUUGCCGGCGUUCGGACAUCUGAAAUUUUACUGGGUCAUCUCGUCACGCAAUUUACCGUGCUGGUGUUCCAAUCGUCAGUUGUAUUUCUCGUAAUGUUGCUGGUCUUUAAAAUCACUUGCCAAGGUAGUUUGGCCCUUGCGAUGUUUAUCACACUUUUACAAGGGAUGUGCGGCAUGUUUUACGGUUUUGUUGUAUCGAGCCUUUGUGACCAACAAACCAGUGCUUUGCAGCUAUCACUCGGGAGCUUCUUUCCUAAUAUGCUUUUAAGUGGAGUGUUAUGGCCUAUGGAGGGCAUGUCCAUUUACCUACGCUAUCUUUCCUAUUUCAUUCCAUUAACGCACGCAAUCGAAGCCCUUAGAUGUAUUUUUGCACGCGGAUGGGGCAUUGACAAGCCGGAAGUUUAUUGGGGCAUUGUUGUCAAUUUCGGUUGGAUUGUUGGCCUUCUUUCGGUAUGCUUAACAAUCAUUCGCAUACGAAAGUACACAGGCUAGUUAGUGGUAGCACGAUACCCAAUAAGGUUCCUGCAAAGUGUCUUACAAUUUAUAUGCUUAGUGAGACACGAUUCGGUAGAAACGUUUUGUUUUCAACUCGUUUAUUGCCAAUUGGGCAAAACUAUGGAGAAAAACAAUGGUUGCCUUGUGAAGUAGGAUGUCCCCGUGAAAUGCUAUACUGCUGGGCGUUAGCGAAUAUUAAUGUAAUGCUCAAAAUCAAUCGCGGAAAUGGUAUUUUUCCAAACUGUUCUGCUAUUAAUCUAAUGCCAAUUUUUUUCGGAAAGAGAUGUACCGUUUCAAAAAUAUAUACAGUAUC